AUGCAAAGUGAUUCGUCGUCGCUUGAAUCGCUCAAAAAUAGUUUACUGAGCGCCGUUGAUGCUGAUCAUAAUGUUACUAAUCCAGAAAUGGUCUUGGAAAUUAUUUCUCAAUUAGAAAAAAUUCAAAUAUCCAAAGAUGAAUUACAAUCAACUCGUCUUGGUCGAGAAAUUAAUACCAUUCGUCAGAAAAUCGAUGCACGGAAAAAAAGUGCUAAACAAGCAGGAGAUAAUUCUCCGUCGAUUAUUGAAAUUGCUCAACGAGCUAAAAAACUUCUACGAUCAUGGCAAGGUUUACUCAAUACACCACAAACCGAUAGUAAUAUUUCGUCAUUAUCUAUUCCACAACAAUCAACGCCAAUAGCACGAUCAGUUUCUACUCCGACGACUAACGGAGAAAUUCAUGAAUCAAAAUCACCACCAUCAGAAAAACCUCGUUUAAUAGUUAAAGUUAAGAUAAAUUCAUCGAUAUCAACAAAUAGUAAUAAUGAUACGAUGACACAAAUAAAACGUAAAAAUGAUUCUGAAACCAAUGGCUUAUCGACUAAAAGGCGAAAAGCUCAAAUUGAAACACCAGUAUCAUCCCCAUCGCCUUUAUCACCAAUAGGUUUAAUUGAAUCAACUGCGAGUUUACCAAGAUUAAAAACGACUCAACAACUGCUCAUGGAAAUGCAAAUGAAUCAACCUGAUGUUCUUUCAACUCAAACACCAACUGUUAAUGCUAUUUUACAAAAUCAAAUUAUUGAUGAAAGUCUAAAUGAUAAAGGAAAAGUUGAUUAUUCAGCUUUACAUCAUGGAAGAGAUUCAAAUAAUUCAAAUGUCAAUGCUAAUUAUCAAAAACAAUUAACAUUUUCUACCCUUCCAAAUGUAAUAUCUCCAAGCAAUUCAACCGGUUCAUCAUCGAAACGUUCAGGACUUGUACGGCGUCCAUCAUCUACAUUGUUAGCACCAAAUAAUAAUUGGGAAAAUGGUAGUAGUGCUGGUGAUUCACCUGUUUCUCCGUCGUCAACCUCGUCCUCGUCUAUCACUAGCAGCACAUCUUGGCCUAUUUCUACAAACAUUCCAGAACCACCAUCAUCUAUGCCUGUGAUUCCAAAAAAGAAACGUCGAAGAAAAGAAACGAAAACGCCACCACCGUCAUCACAACAACAACAACAAAUAGAAUCAUUUAAUAUAGAACAGUCAACACCAUUAUCACCUGAUCUAGCCACAAUGUGUUUGUCAUAUAAUUCAGUUGCUGAGCUUGUCGAUGCUCAUCGGCAACGUGUAUUAGCUGAACAUGAUGCACGAGAAUUAGAAGCAAGACCUAAUCUACUGUUGGUACCUAUUGAACAACUUGCUUUUGUUUAUGAACGCGAAAGGACUAAAGAAUUAAAAGUACCAUACGAAUCAAAAACCAAAUCAUUGACGACGGUUGAUAAACUUGAUCAACCAUCGGGUCUUAUUGCUUUACCAUUCAUUGAUUGUCCACUAGACUUUGAUCUCGUACUUGAUGAAUUAGUCGUGCAACAGCCGACGAUGGGCAUAUAG